GUCUUCGGGAGAUGCAGCUGACUUGGUUGCAGUUGCUCAAACGCAGCUGCCAGUUUGCUCACUUCUCUGCCUUAGCCCCAGGGUGACUGGACGCCCUGGAGUUCAGCCAUGCAACGGCGGGUCGCGCUGCAGGCCCUGUUGCUGGCGGUGCUGCUGGCAGAACCGAGGAGUUCGAAGGGGCGCCUGCUGAGCGCCUCGGACUUGGAUCCCAGAGGAGGGCAGCUGGUCUGCCGGGGAGGGACACGGAGGCCGUGCUAUAAAGUCAUGUACUUCCCUGAUGCUUUUCAAAGACUGAACUUUGAGGAAGCCCAAGAAGCCUGCAGGAGGGAUGGGGGAGAGCUAGUCAGUAUUGAAACAGAAGAUGAGCAGAGACUGAUAGAAAAGUUCAUUGAAAACCUCCUGGCAUCUGAUGGUGAUUUCUGGAUUGGCCUCCGGAGGCUGGAGGAGAAACAGGGCAACAACACAGCCUGCCAGGACCUUUACACUUGGACAGAUGGAAGCACAUCACAGUUCAGGAACUGGUAUGUGGAUGAGCCUUCCUGUGGCAGCGAGGUCUGCGUGGUCAUGUACCAUCAGCCAUCAGCACCACCCGGCAUCGGGGGCUUAUACAUGUUCCAGUGGAAUGACGACCGGUGCAACAUGAAGAACAAUUUCAUUUGCAAAUACUCUGACGAAAAACCAAAUACAACACCCUCUAUAAGGCAUAGAGGUGAAGUGACUGAGCCAGCAACACCCGUACUUCCAGAAGAAACACAGAAUGAAGACACCAAAGAAACCUUUAAAGAAAGCAGAGAGGCUGCUUUGAAUCUUACCUACAUCCUAAUCCCCAGCAUUCCCCUUUUUCUCCUACUUGUGGUCACUUCCGCUGUCUGUUGGGUUUGGAUCUGCAGAAGAAAACAAGAGCAGCCAGACCCUAGCACAAAGGAGCAACACACCAUCUGGCCCAUUCCUCACCAAGAGAACAGCCCCAAUCUAGAUGUUUACAACGUCAUCAGAAAACAAAGCGAAGCUGAUUUAGCUGAGCCCCGGCCAGACCUGAAGAACAUCUCAUUCCGGGUGUGUUCUGGGGAAGCCACACCCGAUGACGUGUCUUGUGACUAUGACAACAUGGCUGUGAACCCAUCGGAAAGUGGGUUUGUGACUCUGGCAAGUAUAGAGAGUGGAUUUGUGACCAAUGACAUUUAUGAGUUCUCCCCCAGCAGAAUGGGGAGGAGCAAGGAGAGUGGAUGGGUAGAAAAUGAAAUAUAUUACUAAGACAUAGGAAAAAACUGGCAAAAAAUGAAAAAAGAAAGCAAAGGCCUCCUGUUUCUUUCAAGGAAAAUAUUCAGAAAGCUUAUGGAAAUGCUCAGCUCAGGUGUUAGGGGCAAGCACAGCAUCACAAGUUCCUACUGGGUCCCCAAAUUCUGACUGCAUUCCUUAUCAGAGAGCCUCACUCAGCUCAGCCUUGUGAGAAGGCAUCUUGCCCGGGGGCUGCUGCACAACAGACCCUCAACAAUUGUCAGACAGUAGCUUAUAUCUGAUGUCAAGGGCUGGUGCCCUCACUCGGCAGGAUUAAGGUGUUCCUGGGGGGCAUGGACAGUCCACCUCUAGGUUCUGUUCUCCUUGCUCUACACAGCAGUACGUGCAGUCAAAAAAGACAAACAGUGGAAUCGUCUCAGAGCCCAUGUGUGGAAGCCCCAGGCUGGCCUGCACAUCAGCAAUUCCCAAAUCUGCACCCCACCCCCUGAAAAAAACAAAACAAAACAAAACAAAACAAAACAAAAAAACAGUAAAAAGCAGGAAGCAGAGUGUUAGUCAGUCUGUGUCUACAGUCCUUCCUCUGCAUUGUGGCCUCAGGGGAACUUUUUUUUUUUUUCAUUCUCCCAACAUCUAAACUUGGAAACAUCCAACUUGGAAAUACUUUAGAAAGUGAAAAUGAGCUGUGUUUGCUUCAGGGCUUCUUGUUCUCCCGGCUCAGACAGAAUGUGUUGUUCUGAGGAUGGUGGCAGCAACAUAGGAGAUUGACUGUAUGCAGAAGCACUGAGUGUAAGGAAGGAGUUCUCACUGCCAGAGAAGGCAGCCACAGGCAAGAAGGGAGAAAGCUGGAAUAGACCCUACUGUGUUUGAUGGGACUAGAAAGCAGUGGUAUCCCUUUGGGUGGAUGACUCCAGGGCAAAGGCGGAAGAAAUUGAGUUACUUGAGUAAUAAACCAUGAAAUAAUGGGUCUCCAAACAAAGGCAGAAUUAACAGGUCUGUUGUUCUACAGGAAAGUGCGGGCCUUCACACCACAAUAGCCUAUGGACAGCAAACACAGGGUCAGUAUACAAAUAUGGUAUUUAUUGCCCCGGUUGAUCAGUACACAUUGUAUAUUUGUACUGGUAAGUCACACUGUUGUUAACAUUUUCAUAUUUAAAGAGAUUGGGAAUGAGAGUGGUCAUUUGUCAAACAUUACACCACCAAAAACAAGAGUGGUUGGGAAUUGACAGAUCACAGAAGCCACCUUAUAAUGGCCCACCUUUGGAACAUGGGAUAAUUUAAAUAUCGAAUUAUUAAAAGUAAAAUCAACAAGAGCAUGUGACUCAUUAGACAAAACAGACAGAAAUGGGCAUAUGCUGAUAAAAAUAUGUGAAUAAAUUAAAACUUUGAUGCAGAACAGGAUAUUUGCAUGAUUUGAAGUACCUCACCCACAUAAUGUUUUUUUUUUUUUCUUUUUUCUCAAGACUGGGUUUCUCUAUGUAGCCUUGGCUGUCCUGGACUCACUUUGUAGACCAGGCUGGCCUUGAACUCGUAGCAAUCCGACAGCCUCUGCCUCCCUGCGUGCUGAGAUUAAAACUGUACAACACCACGCCCAGCUCAUAAAAUGUGAGCACAAACACCACCUAAGUCAACUGAUCAAUGUGAAGACUGUUGACAAUGGAGUGUACUGAGAUUAUAGUCCUCAUAUUAUGGUGCAUCGAGAGGAACCUAACGUCACAUCUGUACCAUUUCAGUCAAAGUGUACAAGCUGAUCAUAAGGAAGCCUUAUACAAAAACAAGUUAGACAAUCUAUAAAAUAACUGGUCUGCAAACUUGAAGUCUAAUGAUAAUGAAAGUGAAAGCAAAGAUAGGUGUAGCUGCAGUCACAGGACAGCAAAGAGGUGAAGGCUAAAAGCACUACUUGAUUCUGAACUGGAUCCUUCUUUUCCUGUAAAGGAAAAUAUGGAAACAAACUUGGAUGGAGUCCCAUUAAAUGGUAAUAACGUGCUAAUUUCUUGACUUCUGUGUUGCAUUGAGGAUAUGUCCUUGUGCAGUUGGGAAUGUCUUUGUAGAAGACACAUAGUGAAGCAAUAAAGAACAGUGGCAACUUUUAUCUAC